AUGAGCUUGGAAGUAUACGCGCUUGUGUUUACCCCUCAAGUUGUGCUGGACGCCUUUGUUCCGCCACCUCUAUCGGCGUACAACCCCGACCAGGGCUUCCUCCUCCACCAGCUAGCCGCUUUAUAUGCAUUCGUGGCCAUCAUACUCGGAGGCGCCCUACGCAUCAGCAAGGAUAUCCAGGUGUGGAGGGUCAUUAUCACGGCAGUCCUGGUUGUUGACAUUGCAAUGCUUGCCAGUAAUUAUGCCACUCUGGAGCAGCAGGAUCGGCUGAGCUUGGGAGCUAUGCGCUCGGCGGACUGGUCCAACAUCCUUUUCACUGGAUUGGUCACUGCAAUCAGGAUUCUUUUCCUGGCUGGGGUUGGUGUCCAGAAUCUCAAGUCGAAGAAGAAGUGA